CUUAAGGCUGUGAGGUGAAGCGGGUCUGUCUCCUCCUCUGGUACAUGUGCGGCGGGGAGAAGGAAGCAGGUUAAGAAGAAAGAAGUUAGUAACAGUGACUGCUUCGCUGAUGGUCGGAAACGAUGUGCCUGGACGACCACGCCUCAAUCUGUUGAGAAUGUACUCUCUUCUACUAUCUGUUGGCUCUCUUAUGUUUCGUAUCUUUCUCUUUGCUUCCCUGCUUAUAGUUGAACAUGGAUCAUUUAAGAAGUACAUGUGGAACUUUGUGAACAAUAAGGGGCCUACACAGAGCCAGUUCAGGUAUGGAAGACAAGUCCCUGUGAAGAGCAAAGAUAUUGUACGAAGAGGCUUUCGCAGCGUCAGUCCAACGUUUAUUUACUCCUUCAUGCAAGCAGUUGGUCUCACAAACGACCAUCUCAUAGGCUGCUUCCGAUACCAAGACUGUUGCGUAGUUGACUAGUUGCAGAGACAACAACAACAACGAAGGCCAAAAAGAAGAGCGAGAGUGAUAAAUAAAGUUAAGUGCAAUCCUGAAAGCUAAUUGAGUACCAUGCAUGUUGUUUCUUUCCAAAGAUUAUUUAACACAACGAGAUUUUGCUACCGUACGCUCAAGUGUUCUGUUUUUAUUUUUCUUGCGUUGUAUAGAGAUGUUUUUGGGUUAUGCUUAGUACAAUGUUGUCCAAAAAAAAUGAAAAGAUAUAUAUAGGUCGCAGUAGUUUCAUACUUGUAUAUAUAUCUUUGAAUGAAUGGUAACGCUAUUACAAUAUUCAGAUUCAUAUGGUACAGUAUCAUGAUUAGAGAGAAAGGUGAAUGUUGCAACUUCAGGGAAAAAAACUGUGUUCAUCGUGUCACAUUUAAGUAGUCUUCUUUAAAGAUUUAAGAAAGAUUUUAUCCUUUUCUAUUCGUUUAAAAAAAAAAACUUCUUAAUAAAAUAACAGCCGUGCAUUGUGGAGGUCGAAUUCAACUUUAGCAUAUUCCUUGACCUACGUUGAAAACUAAUGGCUCCGGCUCGUGUCUUAUAUAGCCUAAAAGGUCGUCAAUUACAUGCAAGAAAAAAAAAUCAAAUCUCCUAUACAAAAAAAAGAAGAUCAAAGUAAAUUGAAGGGGUAUAUUAAUUAGAGUACUAAUUACGCGUCCUCAGUGAUACGUGUCGAUUAUAACUGAAACACAAGUAUUGAGUGUUGACUAUCGAAUCUUACCAAAGUAAAAGUGUAGUGGGUCCCCCUCUUAGAUCCUAACCAGGCGCACUUCCUCGUGGGUCCCGUCUUUGUCUUUACGGGUUGUCUUACUGUUGUUAAUGGUUAAGCCUUUGAAGUUGGUUUACUUGGCACCAUUUUUAAAUCACUUCUUCUUUUGCUAAGAUCUUUUUCUUUUUCGGAAACAUAUUUAAAUUUUUGGACAUUACUUAUUUACCAUUUGAAAAUUUGAGGAAUAUGAAUUGAAGAAUUUUUGUAAUCUAAUAUAACCUUUUCCAAAAGUAUUGAUUUCAGCUUUUUCCUAAGAAUUUAUUUAUUAUAAAUUUUUAAAAUAGACAAAAUGAUAUAGUAUAGAUUGCAUUAAUAAAUUUAGAGAUUACUUUCCUAAAGCACCACCAUUCCUUUAUUUUUUUCUUUUCAUUAAUGCAAAUGCCAAAAUUAUUCUUAAAUGAGUUUCUUAGUUCGAUUUUCUCUUACAUUUGACUUAUACACGCGCAUCUGUAUAUAUACAUAUAUAUCCUCUUUACAGAACUUUGGAUGUUGGCAUAAUAGACAGAGAGAAGAGAAGAGACAUAACAGAGGCAAUGGCAAGUGGAGGCAGCACAAGUUUCUCCAACUCCAACUCUAAUAAGAUCCUUGUCUCUGAGGUUUCUGUCUUCUUUCCUUUCUUUCUCAAAUUUGGGUCCAAGAAAAAAAAGAGAGAGGGUCUUCUAGUUUUUGAUGUUUGUUUACAUAUUAUUAUUAUCUGAGUUUCUUGUUUCCAUUGCUUACAUUGAUCCUGGAAACUUUGAGACUGAUCUGCAAUCAGGAGCUCAAUACAAGUAUGAAUUACUCUGGAUCAUAUUGGUGGCGUCAUGUGCAGCGUUGGUGAUUCAGUCUCUGGCUGCAAAUCUUGGUGUUGUCACAGGGAAGCAUCUAGCCGAGCAUUGUAGAGCUGAGUACUCCAAAGUUCCAAACUUCAUGUUAUGGGUAGUAGCCGAAAUCGCUGUAGUCGCUUGUGACAUUCCAGAAGUAAUUGGAACAGCAUUUGCUUUAAACAUGCUUUUCAAUAUCCCGGUUUGGAUUGGUGUUCUUCUCACAGGGUUUAGUACAUUGAUUCUUCUUGCACUUCAAAAAUAUGGGAUUAGGAAGCUCGAGUUCUUGAUUGCGUUUCUUGUGUUAACCAUUGCUGUAUGCUUCCUUAUUGAGCUUCAUUACUCAAAGCCAGACCCAAAAGAAGUCCUCUAUGGUCUCUUUGUUCCACAGUUGAAGGGAAAUGGUGCAACUGGAUUAGCCAUCUCUCUCCUCGGUGCCAUGGUUAUGCCGCACAACCUCUUUCUACACUCAGCUUUAGUUCUCUCUAGAAAGAUUCCUCGUUCAGUAACCGGCAUCAAGGAAGCUUGUCGGUAUUACAUGAUAGAAAGCGGAUUAGCACUUACGGUGGCAUUCCUCAUAAAUGUCUCCGUGAUAUCAGUGAGUGGUGCUGUUUGUAAUGCCUCAGAUUUGAGUCCAGAAGAUCAAGCUAGCUGUGAAGAUUUGGAUUUAAACAAAGCUUCGUUUCUUCUACGUAACGUUGUGGGUAAAUGGAGCUCAAAGCUUUUUGCUAUUGCGUUGCUUGCUUCGGGUCAGAGUUCAACGAUAACUGGAACAUAUGCUGGACAAUACGUAAUGCAGGGGUUUCUUAAUUUAACAAUAAGGCCAUGGCUCAGAAACUUCUUAACAAGAUGUUUAGCUAUAAUCCCACGUUUAAUUGUAGCUCUCAUAGGUGGCUCAGCUGGAGCCGGAAAGUUAAUCAUCAUUGCCUCGAUGGUCUUAUCUUUUGAGCUCCCAUUUGCUUUAGUCCCACUUCUCAAAUUCACAUGCAGCAAAACCAAAAUGGGCUCACACGCCAAUUCACUCCUGAUUUCAUCUGUGACGUGGAUCAUUGGUGGACUUAUUAUGGGUAUCAACAUAUAUUAUCUAUUAAGCAGUUUCAUCAAGCUGAUUCUUCAUGGUCACAUGAAGCUUGUAGCCGUCGUCUUCUUAGGAAUUCUUGGAUUCUCAGGCAUUGCCAUUUACUUAGCUGCCAUUGGUUACCUUGUCUUCCGUAAAAGCAGAGAAUCCUCCACACUAGCCUCUAGUAACUCUCAGACAGCGGAUACACUUCCUAGAGAAGACAUUGUGAACAUGCAUACCUAAUGGAGUAGCGGUCACAGGCAAGUUUGACUGAAGAGUUUAUUAAGAUAGAACAAACAUUGUUUACUUUUUGUGAUGUAUUACAUAUAACAAACAUGAAGUUGUUAACUUAGUCUGAUAUAUUAAAUAGAGUAAACAUGAAGCAAGCA